CAGCUAUAUAAAGCUCGGCGCAGCGGAGGGAGGGGAGGAAGGGUUUUGGAAUUAGAAGCCGCCGUUGCGUGGGAGAGCAAAGUGGAAGCAGCCGAAACCGAAACUAGCCGCCGCCGCCGCCUUCGCCUCCGCCGCGCCGCGCCGCACCACUCGCCCCCAAGGUCCCUAGGGGUUUCCCGCGCGCGGAGUGUGGGGAGGAGGAGGAGGAGGAGGAGGAGGAGGAGGCGGGGGGGAUCUCUCCGGCGGCGAGGAUGACCGGCGGCGGCGCGGGGGGAGGAGGAGGAGGAGGGAAGGGGGGCGCGGCGGCGGGCCCCGUCCCGGCGGCGUCGAGGAAGCUGGUGCAGAGCCUGAAGGAGAUCGUGAACCGCCCGGAGGCGGAGAUCUACGCGGCGCUGCGCGAUUGCGGCAUGGACCCCGACGAGGCGGUCAGCCGCCUCCUCUCCCAAGAUACUUUUCAAGAGGUAAAGAGCAAGCGCGAUAAGAAAAAAGAGGUUAAAGAGAUUCCUGAGCCAAGAUCUCGAGCGGCAAGUAAUGCUGCCAGUCGAGGUGUAAGAGGCGGUGCAGAUCGAGGCGGGCGAAACAGUUCUUUUCACUCUAGCUCCAUUGACAAUGUGGCUUCAAGGUCAAUCUCAGGGCCUGGUAUGACAUCAACCAAUUCCACUCAGAAGCAAACAAUUCCAAGUUCCUUGGUAAACAAAAGUGUGGUUGCUGAUGGACCGUCGGUACCUGCACAAUCAUCAUCUGGGUUUCAGCACGGUUGGUCUGGGACACCAGGUCAGUUGUCAAUGGCCGAUAUUGUGAAAAUGGGCAGGCCUCAGGUAAAGCAGUCCUCUAGCAAGCCUGCGGUUACUGCAGACAAAGGAUAUACUGGACAAUACCCAUCUUUGCCCAGUACUGUAAACCAGAAUUUGAAACAAUCUGCUAGCACAGUUUCACCAACAAAUCCUGACCAGGGGUUACAUUCUGCUCAAGAUUCUAUUCAUCCCAAGGAUCACAACCACUCAGCAGCUGUCAACAAGCAGGCAUAUGAUAAUGAUUGGCUUCCACAGGACGAGCCACCACCAGGAAAUCAAUCAGCCUUGCCUGAGACAUCCGGUGACCAAUCAUUAUAUGAGUCAUCGCUACAGUCAUCUACACUGGUUGCUGGUGUGAUUAACCCCCAUGAAAAUUCUCAUUUGGAUGAGAACAGAUCAGCUGCAUUUUCUUCCGAGAGACACUUGGAACAUCAUGGAGGCGAUUCUGAAUAUGAUGAUGGACUGUUGCAAGAAUCGAGUACCUAUCUGCCUCAGAAGAAUUCUCAUGCAGAAGAUGAAGUUGAGGGCUCCAAUUCUGAUGUAGCGUUAGCCACUGAAAACUUCCAGGGUCUAAGCCUACAUAAUGAAGAGUUAGUUCCAACAAAAUUAGCUGAAGAUAACCCUGCAGUUAUAAUUCCUGAUCACCUGCAAGUUACCGGCUCAGACUGUGUCACUUUGAGCUUUGGCAGUUUUGAAUCUGGAGCAUUUUCUGGGCUUCUCCCUGUUCCAUCAAGGAGCGCUGAUGAUAACAAUGUGGAGUUGCCUGUUAUAGAGGAAUCUGUACCUCUAGAUCAAAUUGAUUCAAGAGAUCAAGACUAUUAUGAUAGUGCCGCAGUUAAUUCGUCAGGAAAUGAGAACCUUGAUACUAUCAUAGGAACUAACAUGGAGAACAUUGAUGUACCUUCUGUUUCACAGCCUGAUGUCCUGAGACAGGAAGUGCUUGAUCAUUCCGGUCUUCAAUAUAACCUACCAUCUGAUUCAAGUGCUGCAUAUGCAAACACUACACAGCCAAGUACAAUGGAGUCCUCACAAGGAAACAACCAGGCGCACACUCUUUCCCAUCUUUCAAACUUACUGCAAGCAAAUUCAUUACACAACAGCCUAUUGGGGUCAAACAUUGCACCUCUUCGGGACUUGGACUUCAGUUUAUCACCUUUGCUAGCAGCACAAUCAAUGACAAAAUAUAACUCAGCUGCACCAACUACUACUGGACCAGCAAUCUCCAUGCAAGAGACUCUGAAGCCAGGAGUUUUCUCCAACGCUCAAUCUACCCAAAAUCUUCCAAGUACUAGUAUAGCAACGGGGCCUCCUCUCCCUCAGCAAUUAGUCCACCCUUACUCUCAGCCUACUGUACCACUGGCGCCUUUUGCGAAUAUGAUUGGUUAUCCGUAUUUGGCACAGAACUACCCUGCUGCUUACCUACCAUCAGCUGCCUUCCAGCAAGCAUACUCGAGUAAUGGACCAUUCCAUCAGUCUGCUGCUGCUGCUGUACCAGGAGCUAUGAAGUACAAUAUGAAUGUGCCGCAAUUCAAGAACAACCUAUCGGCUACAAGCUUACAACAGCAACCUUCUUCAGUGAUCUCUGGUUAUGGAGGAUUUGGAAGCUCUAGUAAUCUUCCUGGAAAUUUCACUCUUAAUCAGAAUGCUGCCUCUGCAUCAACAAAUCUUGGGUUUGACGAAGCAUUGAGCACGCCAUACAAAGAUCCCAGCCAAUAUAUGGCCCUCCAGCAGGGUGACAAUUCUGCAAUGUGGCUUCAUGGUGCUGGUUCAAGAGCAACGUCGGCGCUUCCACCGAGUCACUUCUAUGGCUUCCAGGGACAGAGUCAGCAGGGUGGCUUUCGUCAGGCGCAGCAACCGCAGCAGCACUCGCAAUUCGGUGGCCAUGGGUAUCCAGCUUUCUACCAUUCUCAAAGCCAAGAGCACCACCAGAACCCGGCCGAGGGAGGCCUGAACGGUUUCCAGAAUGCCCAAUCACAGCCGUCUCACCAGGGGUGGCAGCAGCACACCGGCUACUGAGGCCUUUACCCUUUGUUAUAGUUGGGGUUAAGUUGCUUGCCGACCAUGGCGUGCGUGUAUCCUGACCAGCUGCAGGGUUUAAGCAGCUCGGACUAGCUGAGCCUGUGCCUCGAGCGCUGAGGAUGGAGGGUCCACGCCAUUCAACCAACAGUUUCGAGAGUGUUUUUAACAUGUUCGCGUGUGUUCGUCAGACAAGAAUGAUUUGUGCUUUGUUUUGAUAGCCGAGUUAUUAUAUGUGCCCAAGUGCAGUCUUCCUUGUAACUCUUCUUGAGACCUAACAGGUCACCGUUCUGAUUUCUAAGAUUAGUAUCUAUCAUCUUGACCUUUGCUGAUGCUA